AUGGUCGGCUCUAUCCUCCGCCAAUUCUUCUCCCCGGCGACCCGUCGUCCCCUCGCUACGGCCAUCUCGACACCACCCAGCCGUCUUCUACAGCCGACCCUCCGAACAUUCACCACCACAGCACCCCGCGCUUUUGCUCCUACGACCGCUCGCCCCGCGACUCUGAACCAGGUUCUGCGUGGAAUCCGAAAGGGAAAGCGCGCACGUCACGCCGUUUCUCCUGCUCUAUCCAACACACACUGUCCAGCUCUCAAGGGUGUGUGCCUCCGAGUCGGUGUCGUUCGACCCAAGAAGCCCAACUCUGGUGAACGAAAGACUGCUCGUGUGAAGCUCUCCACUGGAGCUGUCGUUACGGCGUAUAUCCCUGGCGAAGGACACAAUAUCCAGCAACAUAGUGUUGUUCUUGUAAGAGGUGGCCGUGCGCAAGAUUGUCCUGGUGUGAGAUACCAUCUUGUUCGAGGAGCUCUGGAUUUGGGUGGUGUUGCCAGUCGAACAACGAGUCGCAGCAAGUAUGGUACCAAGAAGCCCAAGAAGGCUACCGUUGGUUAA